AUGUGGGUCCCACCAGCUGACUCUGCUAAUCAGAAUUUAAGACCCUCGGCCGAUCACCAACCCAGGAACAUUCAAAUCUGUCAACUGAUCCUGCAUAGCUAUCUUCCAUCAGCCGAUAUACAAAUAGUUGUCCUUCGCUAUCCAGGUGUAAUUCCUGCUGAUCUGGCUGUGCUAAAUCUACAUCGCCGGCCGACCCUUCAUUACCUUAUUCAUGGGACUGCAUCAGCCAAUUCAUCAACACCAGGUUAUUGUCUCUUAUUGGCCCAUCAGCAGGCACAAUCAACUAUGGCCUGUUUGUAUGUUCGGUUGAGCAAGAGUAGGAGUCGGGACGCAGGUGCAGGUGCUGGUGUGCUGGCAUUGGGCAUGACGAUGAAGGUCGGAGCAGCAGGGGAGGGAGGACUCUCAUGGUUGGGGGCGCCUUUGUUGCCACAACAGCUCGCAGUGCCUCUCCUGCCCCAACAACAACAAAGGACCAUCAUGAUUGCAAUGAGUGAGUCAGAUUAUGAGACUGAUUUGGAUGACGGCAAGGAUGGGUCAUGGUCUAGUGAGGAGAUUAGUGGUGAUGAGAACGUACAUCCAGUUGAAGUGAAGGCCAUAGUACCUCCUCCUCCUCCUCCUGCCCCAAUAGCACCGCCCAUCAUCCACCCCAUCCCCCCAAUCCAAAAAACGGUAUCCAACCAAACCAACGCAUGCACCAGAUCCAUCUCACGCGCGCAAAUCCACCACGCUCAAGCUCAGGCAAACACGCAAGCUACAAUGGAAAAAGCUGCGGCUGAAGCACAGAGGCACCAAGAUGUGUUUGCAAAGUUGCCUGUGGCGUUGUUUCAGGACCUUGAGAGGGGCGGCCCAUCGAGGACGAGGAGUGCGGGAUUGUUGACGCAGUUGUUGAAUCUGCCGUUGGAGAUUUUCCUGGCAAAUCAUCCGUAUAGCAAGAGCGCUGCUGCGCUGCCUAUUUCAUCCCAGGUCCAGGUGGGGAGCGUGGUUGCUAUGCCCACUGGUCCAGUUGUGAAUGGCAACGGGAACACCAAUGCCAUUGGGACAGGUUGGUACAGACCCAAAGGGCGUCCCCAAGGCCAAGAGCUCGAAGACGAUAGCGGGAGCGAGGACAAGGCGAAUGCGGGGAUACAAGUGUCCAAGAGCGUAGCGCAGGAGUGGUUGGAGGCCUUCGCGCAACAGAGGGGCAUCGUCAUUCAUGGAAAGCAAAAGUCCAUGAGUGGUAGGCUUACAACCUUGGACGAUAACAUCAUUCCACCUUGGCUCAAUGCAUGUGGUCAACUUCGUCGCCAAGUGUCUGAUAGAUGUCUGUACCCUGAGGAACAACCCCCAACACCCACACCUAUCCCCAUUGGACACUCGUACAACCUCCCUCCCCCCACUGCACCUUCCACGCCACGUAUGACCUGCCAUCAGAUGCUCCAGACAGAGAUGUCGGAGAGUUUGAGUCAGAAUUUGUUGUGGGAACGACAAGUGAGCAAGGUCAACCCUGUGGGGUAUCGUGCAAGUACGAAUGGGGGUAGUAGGGGUAAUGUGCUGGGGGGGUUGAAGCUGUUGACAACUACGCCUAGUAUGGUUCAGCUUCGGGCUAAAGGGGAGGCUGCUGGGAAUGGGACUGGGGCGGCUGAUCCGUCUAAUGCAGAUCAAAUACAGCCUCCUGAUAGGGAGAGAAGGGGGAGUGGGGGGGAGGCGGAGGAGAGGGAGGAGAGGAGGUGGUUGGCUAGGGCAAGGAAUAAGAGUUGGGCGGACGAUUAUCACUUUAAGGGGUGGUAAUCUGUGAAGACGCGCUCGCCCGUGAACUUGAACUCACUCUUUCUGUUUUGAAUUUGUUCCCUUUUUUUCUUUCUUUUGGGUUUCAUCCAUCGAUUCUUCUUCUCAUUGACAAUAACAAUCCUGACCCUAUGAAACCAACUAAUUUUCUUCACCUGUACAUGCUCACUGACACAUUACUAUUUAAUUUCACCCAUCCUUGUCGGGUUGUCACAUCAUCCAUCGAUAUCAUCAGCCUACCUACUAUCCCCCUUUAAUAACUCUCUCUUUCUUCUGUCUUUCUACUUACUAUUCUGUCGCUUCUGUUGUACCACCAUUCACUUGUGCAGACUUUUCUCAAGCACCCCUUCUUUCUGUUUUUGAUACCAUAUGCAUUCCUGACCUCAUCACAUUGCAUCUUGACUACUUGUUUGUCGAUAGUGUACAUAAUUAUCCAUGGAUUUCUUGCGCU